AUGGGUAGGACGUCGUCCAAUCCCAAUCUCAGAGCGCGCGCUCCUCCCCCGCUGCCCAGCCCUACCUUGAAGCCUCCGGACGACGAAGAAGACGACUCGGAUCUAGGCUUCUCGACUGCAACGACGCCCGUCAAUGCCAAGGUGUCGUCGGCAAUGAGCAAGCGACGUCCUUCUAUGCCCUCGAUUCUGGAGAAGGCAGCUCAUCCGGGCCAGACGAUUCGAUCUGCGUUGAGCGCGACUACCCAAGACGACGGCACCGGCGCCGCGAGCGGCGUGCCUCCCGCAGCAAAGGGCUUCAAGAGCGGCGGCAGCCUCGCCGCAAAACGCAGCAUCUCCAACUUCUUCCUGCGCAAGGCAACAACGCAGCAAGCUCAGAGCAGUCACGGCGGCGAACUAGCUGCGCCGACUUUGAGCGCGGGCGGUGUCUCCAGCAAGUCAGCGCGUGGUCUUUCCCUUGCUUCAACGUUUUCGCCACGUAAAAGUGCGGGUGCCAUCAAGCCCUCGCCCGCAGGCACUUCGACAUCCGUAGCGGACCCGCGCAACGUCACUAUGGCUACGUCGCACCAUCGCGCACCGCCAGCUCCACCCUCGCCCUCUGCCAAGUCGCUUUCUUCCUCGUCGCCGCCGUCACGACCGAGGCGCCGAGCCCAGUCCCUCGUCGGCGCAUUGCAGCGUCGUCCGUUUGCAAGUGAUCCAGCGCCGCCGCUGCCUGGCGCACCUCUCUCACCGACUUCCUCUCUCAGUAGCAACGGCGGCGGUGGAAGCGGCGGCAGCUCCGCCCUCGGACAAGUUCAGACGUCGUUCAGGGAUAUCGUCUGGCAGACGAGCAGUAGCAGUGGCGGGACCAACUCGGGCAGUAACAGCGCAGUAGCCAUCGCUCCUGCCGCCGCCUGUGAUGAAGAGCGCGAAUAUCUCGGGGAGAGCUCUCCUACGCACGAUGGACAGGACGACGAUGACGGAGGGAUGGGCGAUUCGUUCCUUCCCGCGAGCCUGCGUAGGCGCGAAGGCAGUACCACUGGUCCUGGCUCGUCGAGUGGCGGCUCGCGCAAUAGUCCGCGUGGAUUUCGGCUGGUCAAGCUGCCUAGCACUGGUACGCUCAAUUCAGUCGUGCUCGCCGAGGGCAAUAGCCCUGCUGGAGGAAGAAGUAGGAGUGGGACCACAUCGAAUGCGUCAAACUCGACCGGAUCGAUUAGGAGCGUCGUCGGGCAGGGCACGAGCCCUCGCGCAGAAAUGAACAGGCAGCGCUCCUCGAGCUCCCUGUCAUCGAUGGCGUCCACGCCUGCCUCUGCUGCGGGCAAGGCGAGUGCGCAGCUGCGACGGCCACCUGCCGAAACCAGCCGCAAUCGAUCCAACUCCCUGGCAAGCGCAUCCUUCCUCUCUACCUCUUCCAACUCGUCCCUACGCGCUGCGUUCAACAGUGCGUCUGGUCCGCCUCCUUCGUCAGAGCAGGCGCGCAACCUUCUCCUCAAGCACGCGGGCGAAUUCGGUGCAGGACGUGGUGUGGUUGGCGAGGAUGGCAACACUUUAACGCUGGCGAAGCAGCUGGCCGCGUACGGCGAGGCUCUGGAGAGGGAGCGAGGCGGGAGCAGUGCGGCAGGCGGACCAGGCAGCGGCCUGACUUACAAGCGCAGUCGCGAGGCACUACCGAGCGUCAAGGAAUAUGGUCGCCCUCUUGCCCCCACCGAACGGGGCCUCGUCGCGCCAGCACCGCCCUCGGGCAGUGCAGUCACGCGCUACAGGUCUAGCAGCGACACGGCCAGCACGAGCGCUGCGGGUGGGCGGAUCUACGGACGGCAGUCGUUUGCGUCCUCCUCCUCCAACGCGCCCGCGGUGGACGGUCGGACAAGCAGUAGUGCUGGGCGUGGCCACAAACAGAGGUUCCAUCCACAGCAGCGCCCGAUCCCCCCGGACCUGGAUCGAUCCGCGAACAGCUCCCCGAAUCGUGAGCGAAGCGCCUCCGACUCUGGUCUACUCCAUCCACCGGCGCGGCGAGGAGACCCAGUCUACGCGAACACUACCCCCUCUGGUCGACCAGCCUCGAAUUCAGCCUCUACGGGAGGGACGGACGCGACUGGCGUGAGUGGGAGUACAGCGCCGACCAGUGUUGGAGGGUACGAGGAGGCGAGACCAAAGAUGUCUCACGUGUGCGGCGCGGAUGACGAUGGGGAGCAGGAGGAAAGGCUACAAGAUGAUGGAGAGGACUCGUGGGAGAGGGUCGGGUGA